ACUAACAAAAGAGUGGAGGGCUUCAUAUUGAUUUUGACCAUUUGGGUUUUUUUUUUAACACGCACCUUAAUCUAACUAGAUGAGCGUUCUUGCACGUCGCCCCCAUUGAAAUGCCGCCACCGCGCAUCCCGGAAUCGAACCCACGACGUCGUGCUCUGCAGCGAAACACCACAACCACUGAGUCACCGCAGCGGCGGGUCAUGCAUGAACUCGGGCAUGCGCCUUAAAAGCGAGUCCAGCCGAGUGAACGUGCGACCCGCGCAUGUUCGGCUCAGCCUGCCCGGCACGUCUACUCGAGGCGCUCCUGUCGGGCUUCGCGUGAGCGCCCUUGAACGCGACCGCGCAGACUCCUGGCCACCUUAGGGCGUGACUCGCUGCUGGUCGCUCCCGCCCCGUACCCAUCGUCCUCGCCAGGCGCCCUGAGUCCGUCGUACCACGGCUACGAGGCUCUACGGUGGCACAGCCGGGUAGCUGAGCUGGGCGGAAACGAGAGCGCCCGCGCUUGCCACACCAUCAGCUUGGCAGGCGUGGCGAUGACCGCAGCCAACGCCACGCUAGUGCCGUACGAUCGCAUCUGCACGGCACGCUUCCUCAGGACGCCCAGGACAAGCAGGGACGGCUGGUCAUCGGUGGGUCGCCUGUGGGGCUCCGGCGCCCUGGUGUCCUUCCUCUCCCCGGCCCGGGCGCGAUCCUUCGUUGCUGCCGUGCGCGAGGAGGCGGGCUCGAGCUGCCUAGGCUUCUGGGAUCCCGAGCACGACGACUUCGCCGGUCGCUGCGGGGGGCCCGAGUACCCGCUCAUAGGGGCCAUUGUGAAACGACUCGACGAUGAGCAGAGACGUGAUUAA